AUGACCAUCACACUGGAUACUUCGACUGGAUACGUGCAUAAUCUCACUCCCAGCCAAGAGGCGAAGCUGCGUGAGCUGUGGAUUCUUCUUUUCUCCUCAGCAGCCUCUGUUCUUUCGGCAGUCUACGAAGUUCCCCUUCCAGAGGGAUCACCGAACAAGCUCUUCGAGAUCCUGGACAGAGUCAACGAGCCCACAGUCGAGGCAAUCAUCAAUGCCUUGAAAGAAGAAGACAGCAAUGGAAAGCCAUCAGACAGUAACGGCACAGCUAGCCAAGCCAACAGAGAGGAAAACGGGCUUCAAAACGGAGCAAGCAAAGAGCAGGAAUCCCUCGACAAGGUGGAAGCCCUCAUGAACAAAGACGCCCAAAAGAACAUCAUGUCAGAAAUAGCCACCAAAAAAGUCACUCCACAGCACUUUGCAUCUCUCUUCGCCCAACUCCGAAAAAUGGGCGUCCAAGAAUCAGAGAUCAAAUCCAUGGAGAAGAUUCUAUCCAAGAUGACCCCCGAAGAAAUGUGUUUCUCCAUCCUGAAGAUGAUCAAGCAGGAGCACCCUGACAGUUUACUGCUCCGAUUUCUACGCGCCAGAAAAUGGGACGUUGGCAAGGGUUUCACAAUGAUGGUUACGAAUAUUCUCUGGAGAAGAGAGAUGGAAGUCGACGAUGAUAUUCUUCCCAAAGGAGAACUAUAUGCUCUUGAGCAAUCUCGGGAUGAGAAACUUACUGCGAAGCAGAAGAAAGAAGGGCGGGACUUUAUUGAACAGCUCAAGACUGGGAAGAGUUUUCUGCAUGGAUUUGAUAGACAGGGACGACCGGUGAAUUAUGUGCGAGUGAAGAUUCACAAACCGGGGGCUCAGAGUGAGGAAGUUCUGGAGAGGUAUAUUGUGCAUGUUAUUGAGACGACGAGGCUUAUCGUGGUUCCUCCGAUUGAAACUGGCACUAUUGUGUUUGAUAUGACAGGGUUUUCUUUGUCGAACAUGGAAUACCAGCCCGUCAAAUUCAUCAUCAAAUGCUUUGAAGCCAACUACCCCGAAUCACUGGGCCAACUUCUAAUCCACAACGCACCCUGGAUUUUCUCCGGAAUCUGGAGACUCAUCCACGGCUGGAUGGACCCCGUAGUCGCCUCAAAAGUCCACUUCACCCGUUCAGUAAACGAUCUAGACAAAUACAUCUCCCGCGACCAAAUCCCCCGCGAACUAGCCGGCGACGAAGACUGGCAGUACGAAUACAUCCAGCCAGAAGACAAAGAAAACGAGAUCAUGCAAGAUACGGCAAAACGCGACUCACUCAUGUACGAGCGUAUGAUGAUUGGUCUGCGCAUGUUCGCUGCUACCGCUGCGUGGAUCUCUGCUACUGAUUAUUCAAAGGGCGAGGAGGAUAAAGGGAAGGUGGAGGAGUUGAAGGCACGUCGGAAUGGUAUUAUUGAGGAGUUUAGGAGGAAUUAUUGGAAGUUGGAUCCUUAUAUCCGGGCUAGGGCUUUGAUUGAUCGGGCGGGGGUUUUGAAGGGGGAUGGGACUGUUGUUGUGGGCGGGGGGUCUAAUGGUGAUGUUGAGUCUGGGUGA